ACUGUGCGGCAAAGUGUGGGCAACAAAGUGUGUGCCGAGACUGUUUUUUUAUAGAAUUGUUGUACAUUUUGAAUAAAAAAUGUCGCUCUUUAAGCAUAUAAGGCAGCUAAAUGCACUACAAUGCCUACAAGCAAAACGUCAAUAUUCGCCAGCAGCACUCAAGUCCGCCAGUCUACAGUACGACAAAGAUCCACAGCCGCUGUUCACCGAUUCUGAAACACAGCGCCUGCUGCAAUCCAUGACGCAACUACAGCUGGAUAAAGUUUUUCGCCAACGCACUGUGCCAGACAACAGCAGCGAGACCAAGUUUAUGACCACCUUGCAGCUAGAGAAACAAUUUGUUAAAACCAUUGAAAAAGCAAAACAUUUGCUGCAAAUGCCGCCCGUGGUCAAAAUCAAGCAAGACACCGAGCGCAUUAUAUCCAAGGAUCCUGCAAUGAAAGACUUUGCUACUACAAAAUUUGUUUUCACAGACAUCACUUUUGGCCUACGUCACUCGGAGCGUAAAGUUGUGGUACGGGAUGUUGACGGCAGCCUAUCGUACGCCUCCCUAGACACUACAAAACGAAUGAAUCAAUUAUAUUUUCCGUUGGAGGGACGUAAAAGUUAUACACCGCGUAUGUUUGCGGAUGAGCAGCUUCUGCAACGUUGUCUGGACGAGCAUAAAUACGAGUUUAUACUGGAUCGCCUCCUUGUACAAUAUGAGCCCUAUGAAACCGAGUUCCAUAACAUUUCAGCCCGAGUUUACGAGCAUUUAAAUGAAAGUAAACAAUUUGAUCUGCUACGCUCCACCCGGCAUUUUGGACCAAUGGCCUUCUUUUACGCCUGGCAUAGCUGCAUUGACGAUCUGCUCUACGACAUGAUACGCAACGAUUAUUUACACAAUGCAGUAGAGCUCAUAGCGCUUAGUUACAAGAUACACCAAGUGCCCGUGGACUACAAACAGACUCUCAGCCAGUUGGAGCAACUGCAGCCAACGCCGGCGGAGCGUGCGCAUGCCGAGCUGUUAAGCUGUCUCAAAACCAAGGAUGAACUGGGCAUAGAGCAAGAAAUUCAUCAGGCUAUAGGCAAAACGGAGCAGGACUUUACUGCCGAUGAGUUAAGCUUAAAGUUCAUUGAACAGUAUAUUGGCAGCGAGCAUUCGCGCAAAAAGGUGCAACUGGAGCUGGCGUUGCAAACACUUAAAGAGGUCAAUCUGGAGAAGCUGCAACUCUAUCAAGGCUUGAAAAAGGCGCAUGGUGUGCAGGCUUCAUAAUCAAACAUAUUGGCUUGUUUAUUGUUAUGCGCUUAUAUAAAUAAAAU